AUGUUCUCUCAGCGACGGAUCAGGCUUCUGCUCAUAGCCGCCGUGGUGCUGAUGGUCACCAUCUUCUACUAUUCGGGCGACGCCGGGACAAUACAAAAUCAAAGAUUCUAUCGAUCUACUGUCGCGGCGAUAGACGCCCACAGAGAAGCAAAAGAGGCUGCAUCAAAACAGAAUGUGCAACCGCAGAAACCCGCCGCUCCAAAACCCGUCGAGAAUGCAAAACCUGUAGUGAAGGAGGCGGACGGAGUCAAGGCGGCCAUCCCCAAAGGCGCCAGUGAGGAGAUGGAGGAGAUCCCAAUUGCAGGACGUACGAAGAUGACGGUACCAAAGAACAAGAAUCAGGAUCCGCCCAAGCAACAGCCCGACCCGGCAUCUUCUGAGGAUGACCCCGCCGUUAAAAAUGAGCUCAAUGCUAUUCUCAAGAGGUCGCCCAUCGUUAUUUUCUCUAAAUCCUACUGUCCUUAUAGCAAGCGGGCAAAGUCUAUCCUCCUCGAGAAAUAUAAUAUAGUACCUGCGCCGCACGUGGUCGAACUUGAUCAGCAUGCAAUGGGACAACAACUUCAAUCGCUCUUGGCAGAGAACACCGGCCGACGUACUGUACCCAAUGUACUCGUCAAUGGAAAGAGUAUAGGCGGCGGUGACGACGUGACUGCACUUGAUGAGAAGGACGAGCUUGCCUCGACGCUGAAGAGUCUGGGUGGGAAAUGGAUACAGGAGGUCGAUCGUAAGGACCAAAAUAAGCAAGCUGAGUGA